AUGCUUUCCACCCCAAAUAUAAUUGCUACUUCAGUAGCCUGUGUAUCACUUGCGCUUGCGUUCGUGCUUACUCGCUUCUGUCUCGCCACAAUACGGCCCAAGGACUAUCCACCAGGGCCCCCGACAGUUUUGGGACUUGGGAACUUAAGCCAAAUUCCGCUAAAACAACCAUUCAUCCAGUUCAGCAAGUGGUCCAAGAUUUAUGGUGACAUCCUUGGCCUUAAAGUUGGGCCGUCAAACCUUGUCAUUCUUCAUAACCCUCAAACCGUUCAUCAACUUUUCAGUAAACGCGCAGCACAUUACUCUGGCAGACCCUACAGCUACAUCCCCAACGAGCAUGUCUUCUGUCAGCAUGCAGACAAGCACAUCCUUAACCUCCAAAACACACCGUACCUUCGAAAAUGGCGUGCUGCUGUUGCUUAUUUGAUUGGCACAAGUGGCCUCAAGCAAGUCGUUCCUAUGCAGGAGGCCACAGCUGCGACCCUCGCCAAGCAACUACUUAACACUACUCCCUCUGAGACUCUUGACUAUCUCAAGCAGUGGGCACUAGCCACACCGCUUCUUGCUAUCACUGGUCAGCGCCUUGAAGAGCGAGGAAAGGAUUUUUCUAACCGGUUCUUCCAGGCGCAGAAGCUGUGGCUCGAGCUGCUUGAACCUGGAAAUGCACCCCCUGUUGAUAUGGUGCCUAUGCUCCGAUGGAUCCCUGAGAGAUUUGCAUCAUGGAAGACGGAUGCGAGAUAUGUGAGGGACUACAUGUUUGACGAGUAUGCGAGCUAUCUGGAGUCCGCCCAGAAGCUCAGCGGUAAGGCUGACGUGGCCACGCCUGGUCAGAACAAAUCUACAAGAUUCAGAUGCUUAAUGACCAAAAUCUUGGAAAAUGAAGUAGAAGACGGAAGGGGCAAAGAUGGUAAACUGGGGUUCUCUCCUGAUCAGCUUGCCUAUCUCGGUGGCGGAUUACUUGAUGCGGCAGUGGACACCACUUGGGCGUCCAUGAUGAGUCUUGUCUUAUAUUUGGCAGCAUACCCUAAUGUGCAGGAGAAGGCUCACGAAGAGGUAACCCGGAUCAGCCCCGGUCAAAGCCCCGGGGGUGACAAUCUUAGCAACCUGCCGUACAUUGGGGCCUGUAUUGCUGAGAUCUUCCGUCUAUGCCCUCCUGCUCCCAACGGAUUGCCGCGCAUUCUCGAUAGAGACGAUAUCGUGGACGGAUACAGAAUCCCCAAAGGCACUACCGUUCUUGCCAACGUGUGGAGCAUCCAGCGUAAUCCUGAUGAUUAUGACCAGCCUGAUGAAUUCAUUCCAGGAAGAUACCUCAACCAUCCCCUCGGCCUCAAGAAAGGUGCCGAUGAUACCGAUAAACGUGCGACCUACACCUUUGGUGCUGGUAGAAGGCUCUGCCCGGGGGAGGCAUUUGCACAAAACUCCAUCGUCACGGCCAUUGCUAAGCUGUUGUGGUCAUUCAAGAUUGAACCCGCCGAGCCUCUUGAUCUUAAUAUCGAGACGGGCUUCCACACUGGACUUGUGAUGGGACCAGAGCCGUUCAAGGUGAAUUUUGUUUUGCGGGAUCCUAAGCGUAGGGAGGACGUUCUUCGAGACUACGAUGUCUGUCAGACAGCGCUUGCUGGAUUUGGCUUGUAA